GCAUCCCGCAAGCCCCCUGUCCGGAGACCCCACAGCUGGCACAUCGGACCCUGUAUGACCUUGGACCUCGCUGUCCCGAGACCUCCUGGGUCCCUCGGUAGCUGGAAGCUUCUGGCCCGGAGCGCGGCAGCCCGCUGCUUCGAGUCUCUGGACCGGGACUGCCCCCCCAACCCAAGCCGGGACUUCCUCACUGCACCCCUGCCCGGAGGGUGCCCGGCGACCGGGACCGCCACCUCUCUCCUGUUUUGGUGUCUGGAUGCUCUCCGGGCUGGGGCCGUAAGCCACUGAGGAGGAUCAGGAACACCCAGGUCCGGCCCUGAGUGGGGUGUUUCUUCAAUGGAGAAGUUGGUGAGUGUGGAGGAGGCUGAAAGGAGGAAGAAAAGCAGCAGCUGAGGAGACAGGUUUGAGCUGGCUGGAGGAAACAGAAAAGCUGGAAGGGAUCUGUCCACCCACCAGAGAAGCAGCAGGCACAGUCCCUCUGACCAGCAUCCUUUAUAAAGAGAAUUUGCUAGAUUGAAAUUUAAGCAUCUAAUUCAUGGGUCACAUUUCUGCUGCCAUAUUUUGUUGCUGCCUCUGAAAAUGCACACUAAAGGUUAAGAAGGCUUUUUUGCUCUGCAGUCUGGGCACACUCUGAGCCCCCUCCCCAUGAUGCUGUAUGUGCACAAUGGUUGUUAGGCAAUCCAUAUAUCAGGAGAAAGGGCACUCUUCUGUAAGGCUAAUCCUUGUGACCUAAUGAAUCUUUUGUAAGAAGUGGACUCAGCUAGGAUGUUACACCACCACUGUCGAAGGAACCCUGAACUCCAGGAAGAAUUGCAGAUUCAGGCUGCAGUGGCUGCUGGCGAUGUUCACACAGUGCGAAAGAUGUUAGAACAAGGCUAUUCUCCAAAUGGCCGAGAUGCUAAUGGCUGGACCCUGCUACAUUUCUCUGCAGCAAGAGGAAAGGAAAGAUGUGUUCGAGUAUUUCUAGAACAUGGAGCUGAUCCCACAGUUAAGGAUUUAAUCGGAGGCUUCACAGCUCUUCAUUACGCAGCCAUGCAUGGGCGGGCCCGAAUUGCACGCUUGAUGUUAGAAUCUGAAUACAGGAGCGACAUCAUUAAUGCAAAAAGCAAUGAUGGUUGGACUCCCCUCCAUGUGGCUGCCCACUAUGGCAGGGACUCAUUUGUCCGACUUCUACUGGAGUUCAAGGCUGAGGUCGACCCACUCAGUGAUAAAGGUACAACGCCGCUUCAGCUCGCCAUUAUCCGAGAGAGGUCAAGCUGUGUGAAAAUCCUCCUGGACCACAAUGCCAACAUUGACAUUCAGAAUGGCUUCCUGUUGCGAUAUGCUGUGAUCAAAAGCAAUCACUCUUAUUGCCGAAUGUUCCUUCAGAGAGGGGCAGACACAAACUUGGGCCGCUUAGAAGAUGGACAGACUCCUUUACACUUGUCUGCCCUUAGGGAUGAUGUGCUCUGUGCACGGAUGUUAUACAAUUAUGGAGCGGACACGAAUACAAGGAACUAUGAAGGACAGACCCCACUGGCUGUUUCAAUAAGUAUUUCUGGAAGUAGUCGACCAUGUUUGGAUUUCUUACAAGAAGUCACAAGACAGCCCAGAAACUUGCAGGACCUGUGCCGAAUUAAAAUUCGACAAUGUAUAGGCCUUCAAAACCUAAAGCUACUUGAUGAACUACCAAUUGCCAAGGUCAUGAAAGACUACUUAAAACACAAAUUUGAUGAUAUCUGAUAAUACCAGAACUGUGAGCAAGAUUAGGAGUUAUAUUCCAGAUACUUAAAAGGCUUUUUGCCUUGCACAAAGUAUAUCCUAUGCAAUUUCUGAUUUGCUGUGAAGUCAGAAAGCAGGUAUACACUUUUAGGUUUUCUGUUUGUUUGGUUUUCAUGGUAGGGGAGGGAUUUUUUAUAUAUAUAUAUACAUAUAUAUAAACACACACACACAUGCUUAAGGUCUUAAUUUGGUUUCUUGGUCCAAGUUUAAGAGGUCCAAGUUUUCUAUACAACAUUGCAUUUAGAGAAAUUGUUUUUCCAAAAUGACAGAAGCAGAUUUGGAGUGGAGAAUUUACCCUUUUUAAAUUUAUGGUUUCAUUGCUGACCAUGGCAUUGUAAACCAGCAGAGCACUUGUUAAAAUUUGGAGGUACAGUUUCACCCGGGGGAGGGUGGGAGGGUUGGGCCUGUGUUAUUCUAGAAAAUGCCCUAAGAAUUGUUUAAAGUAAUGCUGUCACUGCAUUCAUUUUUAAUGAGUACAAAUUGGCUGUUUCAUACUGUUCUUUUUCCUAAUUAAUGUCGCUUUCAGAUGACAUAAAUCCAAUACCUCUGCUUUCCUUUUGGUGUGCUCUUGUUUUUAAUUUAUUUUUUUAACAACUGUAGUACACUACCCUGAGACUUGUGUUAACUUUUAUCUCUAGUUGAAUUGUGCUUUUAAAAUAAUUAAUCAGAGAGAAAAUAACUUUAUAAAGCCAGUGUAUUCUGUUUCGAAAAUAGUGCCUCCAGUGCAAUACUCUUUCUGGUGUAUUUUAUCCAUUACUUCACUUGCUACUGAUCAUUCCACGCCAGCUUUGACAUGCCUCUGAGAACAGAAGCCGCCACUUUAAUUUCCAUUGCAGAGCCCUAGUAUGUCAAUUGCAAUUUCCAUUUUAAGCUAUGUCUUUGACUUCACUUUAAGUAUCAAAUUCCAUAUCCUGGUGGUAGAGUCUUCCCUAAAAAUAGCCCAAAAUAUUGUUCAACCAUUUGGCUUUAAUGGUUAAAUAAUUUGGGGUGGUGGUUUCAUUGUGUUUCUUUUUUUCCUGGUUUAAAAAAAAAUUUUUUUUUUUUUUUUAAGGGUAAAAUCUCUAAUGGGUGCACAUUGUAAGUCUGGCUAAUUCCUAAUUUAAACAUUUCCUAUCUAUUUUAAGAUUAUAUACAGUGAAGCUCUUAAGAAAGGUUAUGUUGUUUUCUGGGUUGAUUUGGCAUAUGUGUGCAGUGUAAACACAGAUAUGAUAAAGUGUCAAUAACAGAGAAGGUUUCAGAGCUGUUAGACAUCCAUAUGAUGCCCCAGGAGAUGAUGGUCUGUGCUUGAUUUGUCAUCAUGUUAGUUUCAAGGAAACCUUUUCAGAUGUCCCGGUAUCAUUCAAGUGCUUUGGGAAACUUCAAAAUAUUUGCCAUUAAUAAAUUUGUUAUUAGAAGUUUACAAGAUGAAGGGCUUCUCUUUACUUGCCUGAAUUUCUAGAUUUAAGUCAUAAAGUAUAAAAUGAUUUCACCUUGAAGUGUAAUUAAGCAAAAUUAAGAGUCUGCUCUGGCUUUAUUAUUUUCAGAGCCAGCUAUGCUGUUUUCUCAAGGACAAAGUUUGUCUUUUGGAGGCAGAGUAGUGAUUUUGGCAUCAGAAAAGCCGAUCUGCUUGUGCCCAGACGGUGUAUACAGGUUUCUGAAGAAUAGGCAGCUUUGGAAAAAGGGAUUAUUCAUGAAAUCGCUGGUGUGGCUCAUAGAUUCUUCUGUAGGCAGCUGGCCAGUUUUAUAACCAUCCCCAAAUUGCAGCUAGAGCCUAAUGGAUAGGAAUGGAUGGUCUGUCCUUUUUCCUGUAAAAAUAUCUCCAAAAAGUUAUCUCCAGAGAGGGAUCAUCCCUUGUGAAGGGGGUUGCUAAGCUGUGUUCUCAUUCUUUAAACCAAUACCGAAGUCAGGGCUAAGACACAUUAGCAGUGUCAGGGACAUGGUAUGGCCAGAAAUGAACUGAGUGUUACUUUUUCCUAAAAUCUCAGGCCCAGGGGGACAAGGAGGUGGGAGGGUUGCAGGGGUAUGGCACUCUGAGCAGUUAUGUUAAUGUUACAUUUGCACAGGGCUUAUUUCCACGUAUGUGUGUAUUAAUUUAUUCACCUAUUUUAAAAUUAUUUUCUUUCCCCAACCAUGCAAAGGUUUCUAAACUAAGCCACUGAGUUUCAGUCAGGGAAUUCCAAGUAAAAAAGAACAGAUUAAGGUAAAUUCUUUGUUCAGUGUUGCUGCUGUGACUUCAGAAAAAAAUUAUGAGAACUCUUCCUGGAAUUGAAAUUUCUAUUUAAUGAAGAAGUGUAUAAUUCCAUUAUUUAUUGUUUGAGGUUUGAUUUAUCUGAAAGCUUAAAAAGAAUGUUUUAUUUUUUGUUGUUAAUAAAAUCCCAAUCACAUAUCAUAUUUAACAAUAACUAAAAUGUCCCUAAGUUGGUAACUGGUAGAAUAGUGAUGAACACACAGGUCCACGUUUGAAUUUGAUUGGCAGAGAACCGUUCUGUAGUCACUUAACGAGAGAACAGAUUAUCAGAAAAUCAACUGAUUGGUUUUUCCAGAAUCUUCACUAAAAUAUUCAGAAUAUUAUCAAAUUUCUCACUGAUUCUUAUAUGUUUCUUUUGAAAUUUAUUAUUUAAACUCAUUACUAGACCUUUGUAAAAAUAUAUUUGGCAAGUACACCAAAGAAACCAGCUCAUAAAAGAUUAUGAUCACUAAUGAACUGCAAACCUCAUCUUUUGCAAGCAAGGUUUUGUUUUUUGUAAAUAUUGUGUUUAUAAAUGUACAGCAGAGUAAGAGUGUUUUUUAGAUUAUUUAAUUCCCAUAUUUCUAAACUAUUUACUACAGAAUAAUCCAUGCUUGUUAGGUUGGAGGACUUGACCAUUUUGUUUUCAAUUCAUUAUCAGUCAUGCUGGAACAGCAUUUCCACUAGAGAAUUUAGUGUUCUGGCAGUAGCAAGAGUACACAUCUGGAGCGUGAGGGAAUCGAAAUGAUUCGUCAGAUGCACACCAUGAGAGACAAGAAUGUGUAGUUUAAUUACCAGAGUGGACCAUGCAAAAACCGAGACUCUAACUUUCCUGCAGAUUUGCUCAUUAGCCCAGAAUGUGAUUGGGAUAAGGCCGUUUACCCACAAAUUUAGCUUUCAUGUAACUCCUAGUGUGUUAUAUCAUAAUGUAUUUUGUUCUUCCUUCGUAAUGUAAGUUUUGCUUUGGAUCAAUUUGAAUUAAAAAAAACUUAAAUCUGGUUUAAAAC